AUGGUCUUCCAACAAUAUGACUACAUCUUUGCAAUUGCAAUGAUAUUUGCAUUCCUCGACGCCUGGAACAUUGGGGCAAAUGAUGUCGCGAAUUCAUUUGCUUCCUCUGUCUCAUCAAGGAGUUUGAAAUACUGGCAAGCGAUGAUUUUAGCGGCUAUUUGUGAGUUCUUGGGUGCAACUUUGGUGGGAAAUAAAGUAUCAGAUACUAUAAGAAACAAAAUUGUUGACGUGACCGUCUAUGAAAAUGAUCCUGCUGUCUUAAUGUUAGCGAUGGCUUGCGCUUUAGUUGGGUCUUCUCUCUGGUUAACUUUCGCUACAAAGAUCGGAAUGCCAGUCUCUGCGACUCAUUCCAUUGUUGGUGCAGUUAUAGGGUCAUCGAUUGCGGCUGUAGGAGCGAAACAGAUUCACUGGGGAUGGUCUGGAGUUUCUCAAAUUAUUGCCUCUUGGUUUAUUGCUCCCGUAAUUGCUGGUAUCUUCGCUUCUAUAGUGUUUUUGAUAUCUAAAUUUGGUGUAUUAGAGAUCAAGCCUUUGAGGUCUUCAAUAAGAAAUGGAAUAGUUUUGGUUCCGUUUUUGGUUUUCGCAGCAUUUUGCAUUUUGACAAUGUUAAUUGUUUGGAAAGGAGCUCCAUCUUUAAACUUGGAUGAGCUUUCUCUGGGAGCAAUAGCAGGUUCAAUUCUUGGAGUUGGUGGAGUCGCUCUUACUAUCUAUAUGUUGUUUCUAUUUCCAUUCUACAGAAGAAAACUUAUCUAUGAAGACUGGACUUUAAAAUGGUACGAUGCUUUCAGGGGUCCUAUCUUUUGGUUCAAAUCGGUUGACGACAUCCCACCAAUGCCAGAAGGACAUCAGUUAACAAUAGACUACUAUAAAGGAAGAACUCAAGCUCAAGGCAAAGUCGAGGAAAGAGAUCAUGAAGAUUCAAUUGGACCAGAAACUGCAGACAAAUUCAAAGAUGAAAUCGAAGCUAUUGAAGCUCCUAAUAUAAUUACCACACUCUCAGCAGAUACCGGAGUAGAGGAAAAACUUCCCACAAAAACUAUAUGGAAAAAUUUGUUAUUUCAGGGUCCAAAGAAAUGGCCAUAUUUAUUUUGGUUGGUUAUUUCUCACGGCUUUACCAAGGAUAUUAUUAGUUCGCAGGUUCAGAGUAAAGACAUACUCGCAAGAAAUAUCCAGGAUUUGCAUUCGAGGUCCAAAUUCUAUGAUAACAGAAUCGAAUACUUAUAUUCUUUAUUGCAAGCAAUUACAGCAGGAACCAUGUCAUUUGCGCAUGGAGCGAACGAUAUAUCCAACGCGGCAGGCCCAUUGUCCACAAUUUAUCAAAUAUGGCGUACCGAGACAGUUGAUCUGAAGGCAGAAGUUCCAGUUUGGGUAUUAUGUUACACAGCUGCCGCUUUGGUGAUUGGAUGUUGGACUUUCGGAUACAGAAUCAUGGCCAAUUUAGGAAACAAGCUUAUAUUGCAGUCUCCAUCUAGAGGAUUUUCUAUCGAACUAGGAGCUGCAGUGACUACCGUUAUGGCCACACAACUAGCAAUACCUGUCUCAACAACGCAAUGUGCAACAGGUGCAACCGUGUUUAUUGGCUUGUGUAACAGAGAUUUGAAAGCAGUCAACUGGAGAAUCGUAUCUUGGUGCUACCUAGGUUGGAUAGUGACAUUACCUAUAGCUGGAAUAAUUUCGGGUGUUAUAAUGGCUAUUAUCAUCAAUGCUCCUAGAUUGAGUUAA